AUGUCGUUCAAUCCUCUUUCCGCUAUUCUUAAAGAACACAAACUCGAAGGUCAUAACUAUAUCGUAUGGAAACAAAACUUGGAUAUCGUUCUCACUGCCGAAGAGUACAAAUAUGUGCUCACUACGGAAUGUCCACCCGAACCUGCUGCAAAUGCUUCUGCAGCAGUGAAAGAAACAUACAGAAAGUGGUGUAAAGCCAAUGAGAUGGCGAAGUGCUACAUGUUGGCUUCUAUGUCAACAAAUCGAGCGGCUAAAUCUUUAGCCUUUCGGAGCAUCAUGACUAAGGUUAUGAAGGAGGGCACAUCUAGUUUGCCAGCUAGCUAUCAGCAGUUCAAGCUCAAUUUCAAGAUGAACAAGAGGGCUUACACCCUAGCUGAACUGUUGACUGAGUUGCAGUCAGCGGAGGAUCUUAUGGUCCAGACAAAGGCUGCUAUGAUGAGUUCUAGGUCGUCUUCCUCAGGCUCUAAGCCAGGUAAGGGGAAGAAGAAAGCCCAGAAUGUUGUAGCACCAAAGAUAGCUAAGGGCAAAAAGAAACGGGUGAACACGAACAAGAAGCAAAGUGGCAAGUGUUUCAAAUGCGGCGAAAAAGGGGCAUUAGAAGCCGGAUUGUCCUAA